AUGGAACCAAAGAAAGUAGUGAUCAUCGGAGCCGGAAUAAGCGGACUAGCGGCUUGCAAAUUCAUUCUAUCCAAAGGAAUGAUCCCAAUUGUGCUCGACGCUAAAGGCGCCAUUGGUGGUGUUUGGAACGAGACGCUCAAGUCGACGACAUUGCAGACGCCUAAACACAUGUUUCAGUUCUCCGAUUUCCCUUGGCCGAAAUCGGUGACUGAAGAAUUUCCGAGUUAUAUACAAGUUUUGGAUUACCUCAGAUCUUACGCCGAACAUUUCGGAUUGAUGAAGUACAUCAGACUCAACUCCAAGGUCCUCAGUAUAGACUAUGAAGGCUUCUCCGACGAGGAGAUUGAAGGUUGGACUCAUUGGGGCGGCUCCGGUGAAGCCUUCGCUCAACGGAGUAAAUGGAGGCUCAACGUCGUUGACGCUCGGAAUACUAAUGUUUCACUCCAGGAGGUGGUGGCAGAUUUUGUAGUACUCUGCAUCGGAAGAUUCAGCGACGUUCCACAUAUCCCUGAAUUCCCUCCCAAUGAAGGCCCCGAAGCUUUCAAAUCCGGCAAAGUUCUUCAUUCUAUGGAAUAUUCCGCCAUGGAUUUCGACAGUGCUACGAAGCUCAUCAAGGACAAGCAAGUCGCCGUCGUCGGUUUCCACAAGUCCGCUGUUGACCUAGCCAUGGAAUGUGCCAAUACAAAUGGCCCAAGUAAACCCUGCACUGUACUUUACAGAACCGAGCAUUGGAACUCUCCUGAUAUUCAUCCAUGGGGGAUUCCUUUGGGUUUUCUCUACAUGAAUCGAUUUGCCGAGCUUCUGAUUCACAAACCUGGCGAGGGUUUCCUUCUCUAUCUCCUUGUCAUUCUUCUUUCCCCAAUUAGAUGGUUGUUCUCAAAGAUUGUGGAAACCCACGUGACGAGGAAGGUAAAAUUGGCCAAAUAUGGGAUGGUGCCAAAGCAAAGCUUUCUACAGGACAUCAGCUCAUGUAUAUUCGGAAGAUUGCCUGAGAAAUUCUACGACAAAGUGGAUGAAGGAAGUAUCAUUUUGAAGAAAUCGCCGUGUUUUAGCUUCUGUGAAGAGGGUAUCAUGAUUAAAGGAGAAACCAAACCGAUUCACUCAGAUGUGGUCAUUUUGGCUACUGGAUACAGAGGGGAUUUAAAGCUUAAAGAUAUUUUUACUUCUUCUACUUUUCGAGAUUACAUGAUUUUUGGCGAUUUAGCGGUUCCCAUGUACAGGCAUUGUAUUCAUCCUAGAGUUCCACAACUAUCAGUGAUUGGAUUUUCAGAAAGCAAUUCAAACUUGUACACCUCAGAAAUUCGAUGUCGAUGGCUGGCGGAGUUUCUGGAUGGCACAUUCAAACUACCAAGCAUAAAGGAGAUGGAGAAAGACAUAGCUAACUGGGAGAAGUGUCUGAAGCUUUACUCAGGUCCUUCCUACAAGCGAGGUUGCAUUGCCACUUUGCAUAACUGUUACAAUGAUCAGCUGUGCAAAGACAUGGGAUGGAACCCUAGGAGGAAAAAGGGUUUCUUUUCUGACUUGUUUCUGCCAUAUGGUCCUGCUGACUAUGCAUCCCCUUGAUAAUUAGAAAAAAAUGAACUUUAACAUACCCAUAUCUCCAUACUAUGGAAAAAUUAAAAGGAUAUUAUACUUUUAGAAACUAUUUAAGAAAAUAUCGUUGUUUUCAAACUAUUUGUAAAAAUAUUGUUGUUUUAAAUAAGUUGAGGAUUGAAAAUUCGACAUAGAUAGGUCGAAUUUUGAACCCUCGACCUCCCUUUUUUUUUUUAGGAAAA